AUGACGCAUUUGUUGGGCUUUGUUGAUGCUCUUUUUGGGAGGGUCAACUUUGAUAAAGGAGUGUUGGAUCUUCAACCGGGGGGUGAAGGUUGUGGACCUUCAGUAUUGAGGGAUUUUGUAGAAGGAAACAAAGAAGAAGCGAUCAUCAAGCUUCGGGCACCAGUGUGGCACCUGCCGAAGGCUCUCCGAUGCUUAAGUCAGCAAGUAUACGUGGGAAGUGGAACUGAGAGUUUUGCACAAAGUUUCGAUGUGGGGCUUUAUGCAAACUAUUAUGGAGGUGACACGUGUCCAUGGAAACUAGGUUCUGUAGUUGAGAGCAUCGACAGGCGGUUAUCGCUUCGGAAUGAGGUCUUCCUUCGAUAG